AUGAGUUUUUAAUCAAUUUCAUCUUCAGAUUUAUCAAAUUCAGAUGAAAUGAGUUUCGUAAAAACUGAUUAAGAGAGAAUUUUGAAAAAUUCAAACAUUUUAAAACAUGCUAAUAAUGAUAGCAACAACUGUUUGAAGCACCCAAAUAAAAAAGCAAAAUUUUAUGUAUAGCAAAAUAGCAAUUAAUUAUUUUGUUCAAAAUGUGCAUUGAAUUUAGCUUUGCAAGGUCUUAAAAUAGAAGAAACAUAAGAGGUAUAAUUGGAAAUAUAAAGGAAAGAUAAAAUAAAUAACUUUCAGAAGGAUUUACAUUAAGCUCUUUAAUAAUGUGAUUAAAAAUUAGUUAACAUGAAUGAUAUUAAAAACAACUUAAUAAACUAAUGGGAGGAAUAGAAUAUCAAUUGUGAAGAAUUUUUUAAUAUAGUUCUAAAGACAACUAAUUAGUUAAGACAAACAUAUCAGCAGAAAUUAUAAAAUGACUAUUCCACCUAUUAAAAUCAAGUUUAGGAGCAAAUAGAGAAUAUCAAGCAAUUAAUACAAUAAUUGAAGCAAUUUUCUAUUGAUAUUUUUACUAAUCAUGACAACAUAGUUAAGAAAAUGGAAAUGAAACCAUUUGAUGAGAUUAUGCAAAAGUAUUAAAAAAAAGUAAAUGAAAUACGAUAUCAAUAAAUAAAUAAUCAAUUUCAAUUAUCUCUAAAAUAGGUCAAUGUUGAUUAAAAUUAAAUUCUAACAUUUAUGAAUAAAAUGUGUUAUAAUUUGCUCAUUAAAAAUGACAAUAUGGAAUAUCAUCAAAAGACGAUGACUAGUUAAUAAAAUUUUGAAUCUAAUUUGUCAAAUCAUUAAAAAUAUUUUGAUAUGUUUGAAAAUGAGGAGGUUAAUAGUCCUAUGUCUACUAUGAAUUAAGUACAAUUGCAGUCUCCUAUUCGUUAACAGUUUAAUAAAUUUGAAUCAGUCAAUUCAAACCCUGUCAGAAGUAAUGCAAAUACCCCUGAAAGUUGGAAAUAAAAGCUUAGUUUGAGAAGGGAUAAUAUAACACCAAAUGAUAAAAUCUCUUAUUAAAAUAGUUCUCGUGUUUUAGAGUAGGUAAGUUCGAAAAAAGCACUUUAAAAGUAAUUAAUUGACAAAUAUUCUUAUUAAUGCAAUGAAAAAUAAAAAACAACAACUGAUUGCGAAAGAAUAAGUGAAAAAUCUUAUUCAUUGUUAAAUAAUAAUUUGAGUUGCUUUCAAAUCCAGAAAUUUAUAAAAGAAGCUGAAAGAGGAAGUCUCGAAGAUAGAGAACUAACGCCUAAACAAAAGAUUAUUCCUGCUAGUAAAUCUAUUUUGUAAGGGUAAACCUAUAAUAAUUAAAUAAAGAAUAAUUCUAAUCAAAAAUCUUAGUAAAAUCUAAUAUAAAAUUACCUCCACAAAUAAUAAUAUGGAUCAGUUCCAAAUUUAAAGUCAGCCUCUCACUUAUAAUAACAAUGUGAUGCUGUCUACUUGCAUCGUUAAUAGGAAGGCCACUUAAGAUCUAAAUCAAAAUAAAUCAAGCCAUAAUCCACAGAAUAAGAAAGUAAAAGACAGUUUAUCAUGAAUGUUGGGAUGAACUCAAAUCCGUAAGUUUAAAAUGAAGAUACAUUGAAAGAUAAAAUAUUAAAAGAGCUUUGUAGUCAUCCAAGCGAAUCGGUUUAUGGCCAAGUGAUUAGAAAUCAUUAACAAAAAUCAAAAAAUCAUAAAACAACAAGCAAAGAAAAUUAUGAAUGGACUUCCUAGAAAAAUAGAAGGAUUGGAUAAAAUAUAAACAAGAAAUAAUGA